AUGGAUCAGGCUCUCGGUAUCGGCCUGAAUGGCGUCAACCUCGCCCUUACCCAUCAGGAGAAGGUUCUUGAUCCUUUACACCGCAAAUAUAAGAAGAUGCGUGGACAGGGCCCUCAACGAGAUCCCGAUCUCUACGACAGGAGAACAAUGGAAGAGAAAGGUCUUGUGUUGCGGCGUCGAAGAGACGUGGGUUCGGACGAAGAGAUUGUUGAAGUGGUGCGACACAGGGGUGAAAUCCUGCCUCGACGACCCGGCCGUCCCCAUCAGCAACGGAGAUCCAGUUCCAUGAACAACGCGCGAACAGCAGGAGCAGCCGGUGCUGGUGCUGGGGCUGGUGCUUUAGUUGCCUACAAUCGAGGCCGAGAUCAAGACCAUCAUCGGGACAGUUACUACGACUCCGAAGGCUCGGUCCCGCCACGCUCUCGAGUACGCGCGAAAUCUUCGUCUGGUCGCUCCCGUCGCAGACGGAGCUCAUCUUCCUCCUCCUCGUCCUCCUCGUUGGUUUCAUCGACCGAAGAAGAGAAGACCAUUCACAAGAUGCAACGCAAAAAAUGGAUAACCGCUGCGUUGGCCAGUGUGGCUACCAUUCAUGCCGCCUCGAAGGUGUACUCUUCGAUUGAGUCGCACGACAAACGUAUGGAGAAAGUUCGUGAAGGAAAAUUGUCUCCGGAAGAGGCCCACAAGCAACAACGAGCGUCCCGAUGGCAGGACGCCGCCGCGAUUGGUAUUGCCGCGCUGGGCAUCAAAGGUGCUGUGAGCGAAUGGAAUGAAGUGUCCGAAGAACACAAUCAGCACAAGGAACUCCUCUCACAGAAGGAGGAACACCACAAAAGGCGGCUGGAGCGAGAACGCCGUGCCCGAGCACGAGAACAUGGCGGUUAUUACAAGGGACGUGACGGUCGCUGGUAUUACGAUGGCCCUGUACCCCAGAGUAGUGAAAGUUACCGUGGAGGUGGAUCCGGCGCUGGUGGUCACUACGAUGACAGACUCGCCAUCAAAGAUUCGAAUCGCGCAAGGGACAUGUAUGAAGAAGCUGGCGGUGUCUCCCCGGAGUACGAUGACACCCGCAGCAGACGGUCUAGGUCUCGACGUGCGGUGAGUCGCGGUCGCGGGAGCGACUACUGA